GCGUUGCUUGUUAACCCAACCCGUUGACUCCUUAGGUGGCCCAGGGCAGACUGGAAGGCCUCCUGAACUACCAAACAAUGGUAUCCGAGCUGACCGGCUUAGAGGUAGCAAACGCCUCACUUUUAGAUGAAGGCACCGCUGCAGCAGAAGCGCUCUCUUUGUGCUACAGACAAAACAAGAGGCGCAAGUUGCUGCUUUCUGAUAAACUGCAUCCGCAGACCAUUUCCGUGGUCCAAACCAGGUUGAACUCCUUGGGCCUGCAAGUGGAAGUGGUGAAUGUAUUUGAAGCGGAUUUCACCAAUCGGGACGUAUCUGGGGUUCUUUUCCAAUAUCCAGAUACCGAAGGAAAUGUGCUGGAUUUCAGCCAAGUGGCUGAAGACGCUCAUGCCAAUGGUAGUCUGGUCUGUUGCGCUACCGAUCUCCUAAGUCUCACGCUUUUGCGGCCACCAAGCGAAUUUGGCGCUGACAUAGCGAUUGGAACGUCCCAAAGACUGGGCGUGCCUUUAGGCUACGGCGGUCCUCAUGCUGGAUUCUUCGCCUGCAACCAAUCGCUGGUCCGCUUGAUGCCCGGCAGGAUGAUUGGGGUGACCAGGGAUGCGGCUGGACGAGACGGAUAUCGCCUAGCUUUGCAAACACGAGAGCAGCACAUCCGAAGAGACAAGGCGACCAGCAAUAUCUGCACUGCUCAGGCAUUGCUGGCUAACAUGUCGGCAAUGUUUGCAGUGUAUCACGGACCGCAAGGGCUCAAGGAUAUUGCUACAAAAAUUCACCACUUUGCCUUGGUACUUUCCCAUGGACUCAGGAAGGAUGGAACUGUGCUGACAAACGAGGCGUUCUUCGACACGUUGCGAGUGCAGCCGCAGCUGGACAUUGAGGACGUGAAGACCCGAUGUGAAGAAAAGGAGAUCAAUCUGCGCUACUACGAAGACGGGGCUGUGGGAGUCGCUCUGGACGAAACCGUCCAACCUGCAGACAUUGACGACAUUUUCCACGUGCUGGGAAGCUCGCAAAACUUCGCCAGCCUGGUCGAAGACCCGCAGGUCCGGACCCAAGCAAUCUACCGCAGCGACUUCAAGCGAACCUCCCCCUUUCUCACUCACCCAGUCUUCAACUCGCAUCAUUCAGAAACCCGCAUAGUGCGAUACAUGAAAGUCCUGGAAAACAAGGACAUUUCCCUGGUGCAUUCCAUGAUCCCCCUAGGGUCUUGCACCAUGAAGCUGAACUCCACCACUGAAAUGAUGCCGUGUUCCUUCAAGCAUUUCACGGAUAUUCAUCCAUUUGCGCCCCUGAACCAAUCACUAGGGUAUCACCAGCUGUUUGCCGAGCUGGAGAAAGACCUGUGCGCCAUAACAGGGUACGACAAGAUCAGCUUCCAGCCCAACAGCGGCGCGCAAGGAGAAUAUGCGGGGUUGAGGGCCAUCCAGUGCUACCACGAGGCAAGAGGAGACAAAAGGAGGGACGUGUGUUUGAUUCCAGUCAGCGCCCACGGGACUAAUCCAGCUAGCGCCCAGAUGGCUGGCAUGCGAGUGGAACCAGUGAAGGUGAAACACGAUGGGACAAUUGAUGUGGAGGAUCUUCGGGCUAAAGCUGAAAAGUUCCGAACCCGCCUGUCCUGCCUCAUGAUUACCUAUCCGUCCACCAAUGGGGUGUUCGAGGACACGGUGGCGGAGGUUUGCGAAAUAACGCACAAGAAUGGAGGGCAGGUUUACCUGGAUGGGGCCAACAUGAACGCCCAAGUGGGGCUUUGUAGGCCUGGCGACUACGGCAGCGACGUUUCCCACUUGAACCUGCACAAAACGUUCUGCAUUCCGCAUGGGGGCGGCGGGCCUGGAAUGGGGCCCAUUGGGGUCAAGUCGCAUUUAGCCUCCUUCCUCCCAGGCCAUCCAGUGGUCAAUCCUUUGGGGGCCAACUCACUCUCCUAUGAGGUUGUGAGUGCCGCCCCGUUUGGCUCUAGCGCGAUUUUGCCAAUUUCGUGGGCCUACAUAAAAAUGAUGGGCUCUAGAGGACUGAGAAGGGCCACGCAGGUGGCCAUUUUGAACGCUAACUAUAUGGCCAAAGUCCUGGAGCCCUACUAUCCAACGCUGUUCAAAAGCGCCACUUCGCAACUAGUGGCGCAUGAAUUUAUCAUUGAUAUUCGAGAGUUUAAAAAGUCGGCCAACAUCGAAGCUGCUGAUGUAGCCAAGAGACUGAUGGAUUAUAGCUUCCAUGCCCCGACCAUGUCUUGGCCAGUGCCCGGGACUUUGAUGAUAGAACCCACAGAAUCCGAAGACAAACAGGAGCUGGACCGGUUUUGUGAGGCGCUGAUUUCCAUCCGGCAGGAAAUCAAAGACAUUGAAGAGGGCAAGAUGGACAUUCGAGUGAAUCCUCUGAAGAUGGCUCCUCACACGCAGGAGCAAGUGAUCAGCAGCAUUUGGGAAAGGCCCUAUACGAGGGAACAGGCGGCGUUUCCAGCCCCUUUUGUCAAGCCCGAACUGAAGGUUUGGCCUACAGUGGCGAGGAUCGAUGAUAUUUAUGGGGAUAAGCACUUGGUGUGCACGUGUCCGCCCAUUUUGGAUCAGUACAAUUAUUAAUUGGGGUUUUUUGUGCAUUUCUAUGGACAGUUUUCAAUGUUUAAUGUUGAAAAUACAAGUACAAGUAUAUAAA